AUUACAUUUCUGUCCCAGUAUAUAACAAUGUCCACUUUUGCGAUUUUUGUGGCACUCCUUUGUGUGAUGUCAACUGGCGCGACGGUGAAGGAACUAGCAGAACUGAACACAGACUUUGGGUUCAGUAUUUACAAGCAGUUGACCGCCGAUCCAGAUGUUAAAGACAUAUUUUUCUCACCUAUUAGCAUCUCCACCGCUUUGGCCAUGCUACAGCUGGGCACUAACGGCACCACUGAAGAUCAGAUAAACCGCGCGAUGAAAUUCGACACACUCAGCCAAAACGAGAACGUUGCUGUUCUUUUCCACGACCUUAACGCUAAAUUGUAUAAUGCAAGCAACAACUACACGUUGAAAUCCGCCAACAGGUUCUUUGGGAGCAAACGUUUUCCAUUUCGACAAACAUUCCUUAGCGACAUGCGAGACUAUUUUAAUGCAGAACCCGAGUCUGUGGAUUUCACGGCAAAUCCCGAAGGGUCUCGCGUACAUAUCAAUAAAUGGGUAGAAAGACAAACAGCAGAUAAAAUUAAAAAUCUACUGGCAAAAGGGACAAUUACCAAAAGCACCGUCUUCGUUUUGGCCAAUGCCAUCUACUUCAAAGGAUUGUGGAACGCGUCAUUCAAUUCCAGCUUGACCAAAGAACUGCCUUUUAAAACUAAUGACCAGGAGACAAAUAUCCCAAUGAUGAAAAUGUUGGGGGAGAAAUACCGCCACGGUAUUAGUGCAACAUGGAACUGUCAAAUACUAGAACUACCAUAUACCGGGAAUGUCAGCAUGUUCGUCUUUCUCCCCAAUGAACCCGACGGUCUUCCUCAGCUUGAGAGUGCAAUCAACAGCCUCGAGCUUAACUCCCUGGUGAAAAAUCUGACCAAGAGGCCCGUGGACGUCUAUCUGCCCCGAUUUGAACUUAAGGACGUUACUAUUAAGCUUGCGGACCAUUUGAAAAAACUUGGUAUGACGGAUAUGUUUGUGGACGGGGAAGCAGACCUGAGUGGUAUAGGCGGUGCUCCGGGACAAUUGUUCAUAUCUACAGCUGUUCAUCAAGCAUAUGUUAAGGUGGACGAAGAAGGAACAGAGGCAGGAGCCGCGACAGCCAGUGGAGGAGCCGCCGGCAUGAGACCCCAAGAGUUCAAGGCGGAUCAUCCCUUUAUGUUCAUGAUACGGGAUAAUAUCACUGAAACCAUUCUCUUCAUGGGGAGACUGCACGAGGCACCAGGGAAGAGCGAUACCACUCUGCGAUUCAAUUAGCACUUUUUUCUCUG